AUGCCGCCGCGAAGUUUCGAUACACUCUUGCAACUCGUGGGGCCUAGAAUAACCAAGGCGAAUACGAGGUUCUGCAAGGCCAUUCCGCCAGACCAUUCCGUUGGUGUGUUUUGUUGUUCUUCCGUUAGAUUUUUGGCAGCUGGAGAGACACUCAGGUCGUCGUCAUUUAAUUUCCUGGCUGGACGUUCGACUGCUUGCACUAUCAUCGCCGAGGUCUGCCAAGCAAUAUGGGAUAUACUUGGUCCACUUUAUGUUAAAUGUCCGUCAUCCGCAGUUCAGUGGCUCAAGGUUACGCAGGAGUUUGAGAAAAAGUGGAAACUGCCUCAUUGUAUUGGUACCUUUGAUGGCAAACACGUGGUCAUUGAGUGCCCCGCCAAAUCAGGAACACUAAACAGAAACUACAAGAGUAGUUUCAGCAAAUCAUUGCUUGCGAUAAGUGAUGCGAGUUACAGGUUUUUAUAUGUCGAAAUCGGGCACUUCGGCAGCGAGUCUGAUGGAGGCGUGUUUGCACGCAACAAGUUCCAAGAGCUCAUUGUAGCAAAUCAACUUGGAAUCCCCGAAGACUCCGAGAUGGGCAGCGUUGGAAAUAUGCCCUUUUUUUUUUUUUUUGAGAUGAGGCUUUCCCUCUGAAGACCUUCAUGAUGAGGCCUUAUUCUCGCAAAAGUGAGCUACAGCAGUCUUUUUGAUGCCAUUUAUGCUGUGCGUUGUUGCAACAGCGCUUUGCUUUCCUGUAAUUUUUAUUUACGUCAAGUUUAUCUUGUACAUUGUUACAGCCCUUCAACCACUGCUUGUCACCACAUCUGAUUCAAAUCAAUUCUUUGAAGAAAAGCACCAAAGGAGAAUAUUUAAUUAUCGCCUGAGCCGAGGUCGAAGGGUAGUCGCGAAUGCUUUUGGCAUUAUGGCACAGAGGUGGCGGAUCCGUCGACGGCCAUUUAAAGCAAAAGAUGACAAUGUCAAUAGAAUUGUGUGUGCUUGUGUAACGCUACACAAUUUUUUGCUUCAUGAGUCGCCUGCAUCUGGGGCUGCGUACUGUCCACCUGGUACUGCCGACUGUGAGGACUGGCAAGGGCAAGUGACAGAAGGCAGAUGGAGAGCUGAAGAAGGCAGCAGGGAUGCUUUGUCUACAUUGCGCGCAACAGGCUUUAACUCAAUCAGAUAUUUUUAGUUUAACAAUCAUUCUCGUGCAUCAGUGUUGCAGAGCAUUGUCUAUUUUACGGAUUUGUGCAUAAGCACACCUCAUAGUGAAAAAUAAUAUGUGACCUAAUAAUAGCUGAAAGGCCCAUUCGCUUGAAAAGCAUU